AUGUACAAUGAUGACGAAGAAGAUGUUCCGACAGGACCACCGCCAGCUAAACAAGGUAAACAUUAUCUUAGGCAGAAGCUCAUCAAAUCUUCUGCUCCACCACCAGUAAUUGAUCUUUCUGCAAGAAAUAAACCGAUGACUACUGCUGCAACACCAAAAACGUUCCAACCAAUUCGAGCAAACCCAGUUGCCGAAAAUAUCAGUUUCCUCCCAAAAGCAGCAACAGACGAGAGUGUUAUGAUAUUUGGAGAAGAGCAUAUCAAGUGUGAAUACUUUCCGAUGACUCCUAACAACUUUGAAAUCUUGGCGAAAGAGUUGAAUGAUCGGAAGCAACGCGAGAAGAAUGCAAGAGAAAUCGCAAAACGGUUACAACGGGAACAUGAAGAAGAGGAUAAAAAACGAUCGAUGGGAGCAGCCAUUGCUCCACCUACAAUGCUUAUGGAGCCGGAACCUGAAGUUGUCAAAGAGAAAGAUGAUAUUCCAGAAGAUAAACCACAAUCCUCAUUCAUGCCACCUCCAUCUUUCCUUCCUGCAUUUGGGAAAUCAACCAGCCGAGGUCUCGGUAUCGCAGCGAAUAUCAUGAAGAAGCAUGGAUAUCGGGAAGGACAAGGACUCGGAAAGUCUGAGCAGGGAAUGAGUACAGCUCUGCAGGUUGAAAGAGUUGGAGCUCGAACCGGUAACAUUGUUGGAGAAUCUCCUAGAGUUCCAUCAUUUGCUGCCAACUCAACGGAAGCUGUGAACAAUGCUACGAAAAUCCUUCAAUUAUGGAACCUCACCGAUGUGGGAGAAGUAUCUGGAGAAGAAGGAAAGAAAGAGUUUGCGAGUGAAAUCAAAGAAGAAAUGGAGAAGUGUGGGCAGGUUGUAGAAGUGAUAGUCCAUGUUAGUGAAAACGAGGAAGAUGAAAGUCGUCGUGUUCGUGUUUUCGUUGAAUUUCCAACCAAUGCUCAAGCCAUCAAAGCGUUCGUCAUGAUGAAUGGAAGGUUUUUUGGUGGAAGAUCGGUUGGCGCUGGAUUCCAGAACGUUGACGACUACAAUAGUCGGUCUUUCUGA